AUGGCCACCACCGAAGAUCCCCAAGCGCAAUCCUUGACCCGCAACGUCCAGCAUGUCGUUCUCGGCAACUUGCGCUUUCAGACGUGGUACCAGUCCAUAUACCCCGAAGAACUCGUGAGCAAAGAUACAGACAUCCUCUAUGUCUGCCGCUGGUGCUUUCGGUACUCCUGCGGCAUAGACACACAUGCGAGUCAUACAAGACUCUGUCCGCAUCGCACAACGCCUCCCGGGGUAAAGGUCUAUGACCACGCGGGUUACUCCGUUUGGGAAGUCGACGGAGCAGACCACAAACUGUUCGGCCAGAAUCUAUCGCUCUUUUCGAAGCUCUUCCUUGACCAUAAAUCUGUCUUCUUUGACGUCGUCUCCUUUCUCUACUAUAUCCUCGUCUUCACCGAUCCGAAUACUGGCGACAAUGACCCGAACGAGACGUACCAUAUUCUUGGCUUCUUCUCAAAGGAGAAGCUCUCCUGGGACGCGAAUAACCUAGCCUGCAUUCUUGUCUUUCCGCCAUACCAACAUAAACAGCUGGGAAAACUGUUGAUGGGGGUAAGCUAUAAAAUAAGUCGGUGGGAGCAGGAUAGCAGCCUAAUCGGGGGCCCCGAGAAGCCGCUCAGCGAGAUGGGAAGCAGGAGUUACGGUCGGUUCUGGGAGGAACGGAUAGCCAGGCAUCUCCUUUUGCGGUCGUCUUCCGACGGCAACGAUGCGGCGGUUGGAGCGACAUUGGCGCAAUUCGACGACUCGAAAACGCAAAAACCGGCCUCCAAUAGAGGUCGUAAGAAACACCCGUACGAACUCAUGACUGUUCAGGAAAUCGGCCGGGCUACAGGUAUGCUAACAGAGGAUGUCAUCACCGCACUCCGCGGCUUGGGCGCCGUUGAGCCCGCUACGCCCUCAAAGACACGCAAGGGAAUGCAGUCAAGCUCAGGGGAUGGUGAGGCGAUUCCAGUCGUCAUCCGACGGUCCAAGGUUCUGGAGUGGGCUGAUGCCCAUAAAGUCAGUAUACGAGAACCCGUUCGGGAGGAAGGCUUUUGCCUGAGCCAGUCGGAGCAUGCUAAAAACCGGGAAUUGGUGAUCCCAGAUAGUGAUGAAGAAGAAUAG